ACAAACCGUUUUUCGUCUCGUUGGGGCCACAUGACUACCCGUAGUUACGUCAUCGUAUGUAAAUUUUCGAAGUGGGAAGAUGGCUGCCGAACCAAACAAGACUGAAAUUCUUACAAUUUUCAAACGACUGAGAUCCAUUCCGACAAACAAGGUGUGUUUUGACUGCUCUGCGAAAAACCCUAGUUGGGCCAGUAUUCCGUAUGGUGUCUUUUUGUGCAUUGACUGUUCUGGAAUCCACCGCUCCCUCGGGGUGCACCUCAGUUUCAUCAGAUCCACUGAGUUAGAUUCCAACUGGAACUGGUUUCAGCUUAGAUGUAUGCAGGUUGGAGGCAAUUCCAAUGCAACAGCAUUUUUCCACCAGCAUGGCUGCUCCACAAAUGACACCAAUGCCAAGUAUAAUAGCCGUGCCGCACAAAUGUAUAGGGAGAAAAUUCGUCAGCAAGCAAACUCUGCACUCUCCAAGUAUGGAACAGAUCUAUGGAUUGACUCCUCUGGGGGAAGCGUUACAGGAGUUCAUGAGAAGAAAGAACCAGACUUUUUUGCAGAGCACACACAGUCUGCUAAUGAGUUUAGCAUGACGCCAGCCUCAGAGCCGGAGCAGAAUGGAGCCCCAGUGGCCAUGCAUCUGAGGGACACUCUGACCAAAAGCCAAGAUGACAAUCAGCCAGAGGAAGGCCCGAGCAUCGAUUGUUUGAGCACAUCUCCCAAACCCACUGCAGAGGUUAAGCCAUCCAUUAUUGGGAAGAAGAAACCAAUGCCUGUGAAAAAAGGGCUGGGGGCAAAGAAGGGCCUCGGCGCCCAGAAGGUGAGCAGUAAGAGUUUUUCGGAGGUUGAGAAACAAGCUCAAGUGGCUGAGAAGCUACGAGAGGAACAGGCAGCCGAGGCAAAAAAACAAGCAGAAGAGUCCAUUGUGACUUCGAUGCGUUUGGCAUACAAAGAGCUGGAGAUCGACAGGAAGCUCGAGGAAAAGAAGCUGAAGAACCUGGAGGGCAAGAAGAGGGAGCAGGCCGAAAGACUGGGCAUGGGAUUUGGAAACAGAAGUGCUGUGUCACAUUCAGUGAUGUCUGAGAUGCAGGUCAUUGAGCAGGAAACACCAGUGGGAUCCAAGACCUCAUCUCAUUCCAAACUGGAUAUGUUUGAGUCUGGUUUCACCUCAGGACCCCCUAAAUAUAAGGACAACCCAUUCACGGUGGGUGACAGUUUUGGAUCCCGCUGGGACACAGAGGGAGGAACUGCCUCCUUUAGCACCUCCUGGGCACUAGAGAAAGAGGAACCCAAAGAUGAAGUCACCAUCUCCAGUAUUCAGCCAAUAGGAGAAAGACUUCCUAGCAGAAGAAAAACUGAAGUGUCUCCCCCACUGUCUGAGUCAAGUGAGGCCAGGCAGAAGUUUGCUAAUGCAAAGGCCAUUUCUUCAGACAUGUUCUUUGGCCAUGAAAGCAAUGCGGAGUAUGAAGCAAAGACCCGACUGGAGGGCAUGUCUGGAAGCACAGCCAUCAGUUCCGCUGACCUGUUUGGAGAUUGCAGUGACCAUAAAGGGCGGUCAUCAGGCUUUGACAGCGUCCUUCCUGCUGGUCCGGACAUCACCCAGUUCAAGCAAGGAGUGAAGACUGUCGCAGGCAAGAUGGCUGUCCUUGCCAAUGGUGUCAUGAAUACCAUCCAGGAUCGCUAUGGUGCUUAUUGAAAGUCCUCGAGGGACUUGCAUCUGUUCUAAGGAAAACUCCCAAUGAUGCCUCGAGGAGAUGAGCGGCCCCAAUUGGCCUGCAUUUGGGCAGAUAUGCAAUGAGAGAGAGAAGGGAAGUGGAAAGCUUUGCAUGAAGAAACAUCUUCCUUCUCACUCUUAACCUUUUUAGAGACUAUUGGUGGAGUGAGUCAGGAUUUUGCUGUCUCAACAUUUGAGUUUUUAUUUUCAGAAAGCAAACCAUGUGUGGUUGUCAUGUAUUUGAAGCAAGAGUUUUAUUUACAGUUCAUUUUUUCAGCUCUUAAAGAUUUUCAAAUUUUGUCAGUUAUUUCUAUAUUUUCUUCAGUCUCUGACCAAUGUUAUUAAAUGCCUCCAUGUUUGGUCUCUUUUUUUUGUCAUUGUGAUACUAAAAAUGUGCAGUAUAUGUUUAGCAUCACUUUGAACUCAAUGUUUGCAUUCAAUGUUGAGGUGACUGCUGCUCACAAGUGUUGAUCAUUUUACACAGAGCACUAAAUUGAUGACCAUCUCCAGAAUCUUUGAGCUUGGACAUGUACAUUUCUGUCUGAUCAUUAAAAGUGAUAUAUCCUCA